AUGUUUGAUGUAGCGACACCAUGUACGGGUUCAAACCAGACAACAUACCUCCGGUCCGAGGCGACGAGACUGAUGGAAUUCUCAACCAAAGUUCUCAAAGACGUGACUCUCAACGCAUGUGCCAGUGCUUGUACGAAUAAUCAAGAAGUUCGCUCGGUUUCAUAAGAUUAUAUAUUUAAACUUCAAAGGUUUAAGAUCGAAGGAUGUUCAUCUUUUUGACUACGAUGCAAAAAAAUCUUGAAUGUUCUCUGCACUCGGAAGAUGGGCAGCCUUUCGGAGCUUCUGUCCUCACUAAAUCUGAAAAACCUAUUGCAUUUUUUCAACAAAUAUGUCUUCAUAGUAUGUUUAGAGUCUAAAUUAAACUUCAGUCGCUUUUUUUGAAGAAGAAGCUGUAUGUUCUGCGCCAUACGCCUUUGAAAGGUACCCACAAAGCGUUCUGGUCGGCCAUGCGAUGAAGGUAAAAACGAAAAAAAAUAUUUUUUAAAUACAUGUAUGUCUAAACAAGUCGUAUUUCGCAACUCAGGUCACCUCUGUGGAUGGACUUUCCGAAUGUCUCAGCUUGUGUUUGAAGUCGGAAGACUUUCUCUGCAAGUCCGCUAUGUAUUACUACGAGACCGGAGAGUGUAUUCUGAAUCGCGAGUCGAAGUAUGUUUACGGACAUCUCUUCAAGCCAGGCAUCCAGGACACUUUGGUCGACUACUUCGAGAACAACUGCGCUGACGGCAAGUUCACAGCUUUUACGUUAUCCAUUCACUGCUUCAGUUAGUUGCUCGGAUCGGCAGACACUACAUUGGGUGAGAACGGAAGAGUACGCGAUAGACGACGCCAAGGACGUCGUCAUCGAGAGUUCUGACGCUCAACAGUGCAACUCCCUCUGCGUCGUCAGUCGAUCUUCCUUUUCGCCUCAAAAAACAUUCGCAGGAGAACAAAAUCGGCGACGAACGGUUUCCUUGCAAGGCCUUCGCCUUCAGUCACGUCAAACAGGAGUGCCAUCUGACCGCCGAGUCGUCCUACGUUGGCCAUCGUUUGUUCAGUCGCGUUUUCUAAAGAUUCUUACUAGUGUUGCAGGUCCCAAGAAGAAUUUCGGCUUGGCUCCGCUUACAAAUGGCGAAUAUUUUGAGAAAUAUUGUCUUGAUAGUGAGUUAUUACUCUAAUGUCUUGCGUUUUAAUCUUUUUUGCUUUUCCAAUGUGUAUAUGAUUCGAAAAAUCAUAACUUCUUUCAUUCUCAAUUCAGCGCUAUGUACAUACGUUCUAAAUAUCUUUGGAAAAUGAAUUAAAAAUCGGCUCUGUAAAUCAAUCAAAGAUAUAUCAGAGGGUGUAUAUUUUUUUUGCAGAUUGCAAUUCAUUUCAAAAAUUUAAUUCAGCAAAUUUGCAAUGCCUCGAGGCAAGCUUCGAACAAGUUCCGAAUCGAAAGAUGGUUUCGAGUUAUCGGGUAAAAACUCAUUAUAAUCGGAAAAUAUUAUUUUUCUUCAAGACUUUGACUGCUCUUUCGCCUCACCAGUGCUUGACAGAGUGCAUGAAAGAAGGACCCAGAUGUGCCAGCCUGACUUAUUUUUUCCUCGAAGUGAGUCCUUACACAGGAAAUUCGUUAUUGGAGUCACAUUUCAGGAUGAAUGUCAACUAUCAGACACUUCCCAAUUUUCGAGACCUGACCAAUUUGUCACAACGGACUUCACCGAUUAUUUUGAUAAAAUUUGCGACCCAGCGGACCCGAAAAUCUCUUCGGAACCUUCAAGCGAAGAUGUGGAAAAGACAGUUGAAACGAACAAACCCAACCCUGAGAAGUGAGAUAUAAUUUUUUCCUGGAAAUAUAUGUUUUUGUUUAGAAAAGUGGUCCAAGGAGCUACGAACUUCGAAGUCCCGACCACUAUUCAAACUCCUGAAGGUCAAGAAGAAGAAAAGGAAAAAGACGAAAUCGCGGCCAAAGAAGUUCACAGCGAAGUCGCGCACGACAUCACAGCGCAAGUGGAAGGUUCAGUCGCAUAAUAUCAUUCGAACGACUUCGGAACAUUGUUCAGGGACUGUGGUGGACGACGCCGAAGAUUUCGAGCGAGAAGCGAACAGUGUAGAGCAAUCAGAAGUUCCGGUCAAAGCUAGUCAGUUCAAUAUAAAAUUUAGAGAUUCUAAAUUCAGUUUUCCGAUGAACCAAUCUCAAACCAGAGCCUUCCAGCAAAAAAAAAAAUUCUUUUCAGGACUCUCCACGGAAUGUCGGAUGUCUGGAAUAACGGUCGCAAUAUCUUUCGGAGCAGCUACGACUGGUUCCAUUUACAUCAAGGUUAGCAAUCGAAAAGAGGAUUUUUCAAAAUCUUGUUUUCAAAUGUAUCAAUGAUUAUAUCAAAGACCGUUUCGUUUGAAGGACCACUUCUCCUCUUGUCGACAAGAUUUUACGAACACUACCUAUGCGGAAUUGAAUAUUCCUUUGCCAAACAGCGACGAGUCAAAUCCUCGUUGUCCUGGCUCAGAAAAGGUUUUUCCAGUUAGAAACUGUAUGAGGAAGAUAUUCUUGAAGGAACCUUCGAAAUGGUCGUUUAUGAUUGUUGUGCAGAGAAAUGAGAUGAAAGCGCCGCUGGUGACGACGAAAGACAAGGUUUUCGAGGUCUCUUGCGACUAUUCGAAAAUAUUGGACAGUUCGACGUAUCGGUAUGUUUGAUCUUCUCUCACAAAUUGAGCAAUGUUUAUCUGAAGAAAAACUGAAGAUGAACUGAAGUCGGAGAAAAUUGGGAUGCAGAUUCUGCGAAACGGCGUGGCAGUCACCACAGUUCCGUUGGGUGCUGAAGUCACUCUGAAAUGGACCGGUCUGUAAUAUAUUCUCCACAUUUUCUAUUUUUUCUUCUUUCAGUUCUGAAAAGAACAGAGUCUCUUGGGUUUUUCAUCAACGAAUGUAUUGCCGAGCGAGUUGGCGGCGUCUCUCCGGAGCCCGAGCCUUUGAAGAUCAUCUACCAAGGGUAACUGGAUCCGAAAAAGUUGGAAUGGAGGAUGUUCAGAUGCCCUGAAGAGAAAGUUCGGAAUCGGCUUCUGAAAGACCCGGUGAUCGAGGAGCCGGACGGCUUCUCGACCAAGAUGAAGGUCUUUCGCUUCGACGGCUCUCGUCGAGUCAGAAUCAAGUGUUCCAUCGACGUUUGUGUGCAACGCUGUCCUCCGGUAUGCAUUUUUAUUGAUUUUAUUUGGUUGAAAAAGAAACUUCAGAGAGAUUAA